AUGCUAUUGCUAUCAAUCCAACACAGCUGCCUUCUCUUCCCUUCCACUGCUGCUGCUGCUGCUACUGGUAGUUAUUACAAUAACCAUCAACGUGAUGCAGCAGCUCUCCUCCAACUCAAAGCCCACAUCAUCUCCGCCACUUCUUCUUCCGAUCAUCCUCUCUCCCGCAACUGGACCGCCGCGGCCGCAGCCCAAGUCUGUAGCAGCUGGGUCGGCGUCUUAUGCGGGCGUCGCCACAGGAGAGUGACAUCCUUGAAUCUGGCGAACAUGGGGAUGCAGGGGACUCUGCCUCCCCACAUUGGUAAUCUCUCCUUCUUGGUUUCUCUCGAUCUCAGCGGCAAUCUCUUCCGUGGGGAUUUGCCCAUGGAGCUGUCUAAGUUGUGGAGGUUGAAGAUCAUCAACCUUUCUGAUAACCAGUUUGGAGGUAGCAUCCCACCGUCGCUUGGGGAUCUUAGGGGUUUAAAGGUGCUGGAUUUGGAGGGAAACCGGCUUUCAGGUGGCAUACCAACCGCAAUUUUCAACAUUUCUUCUCUGGAGAGAUUGAUAUUGGCGAGUAAUAGUCUGUCCGGAAGCCUUCCGGAUGAUAUCUGCAAUCAGUUUCGGAAAAUCGAGGUGCUGAAUGUGUCUCUCAAUGAUCUAGGAGGUCGAAUUCCAUCUUUGUUGGGUCGUUGUGGCAAUCUUCAAAACUUAUCGUUUGGAGGUAAUUGGUUUACGGGACCGAUCCCGAAGAGUAUUGGGAAUUUAACUGCAUUGAAGGCUCUAUCUUUCGCGUUCACAAAUUUAACAGGGGAUAUACCCGUUGAGAUAGGCAACCUUAAAAGUAUUCCAGUCACCAUUGGGAAUUGCAGCGUUCUCCGGGAAUUAUACCUUGACAACAAUAAUUUGACAGCCGAAGACCACGGAAUCGCCAGCGACAAAAUUCUCUACUGGGUCCUCAAGCUCUCAGACCUCCUCCUCAUCACCCUCUGCACCACCUGCGGCUAG